CUGUAGGGGGCGCAGUCGAGAGAGAGGCGGGUGCUGGGGUUUGUCGGACGCACAGGCCGGGAGGUACUGGCUUUCGGUUUCUCCUCCGGCCGAUCGAGGCUUGCGGUCGCCGCGCCAUGAGGCUGCGCGUGCGGCUUCAGAAGCGGACCCAGCCGCUCGAGGUGCCGGAGACAGAGCCGACGCUCGGGCAGCUGCGCACGCACCUCAGCCAGGUCCUGCUGCCUACGUGGGGGCUCAGUUCUGAUACCCGAUUUGCAAUUACGUUGAACAACAAGGAUGCCCUCACUGGAGAUGAAGAGACCUUGGCUUCAUAUGGGAUUGUUUCUGGGGACUUGAUUUGUUUGGUUCUUGAAGAUGACAUGCCGGCACCUAACUUACCUUCAUCUACAGAUUCAGAGUAUUCCUCACUCCAGAAUAAUGACCAACCUUCCUUGGCUGCCAGCUCAAGUCAGGCUAACAUCCCAGCUGAACAACGGAGUGAUUCAUCCGAAGGACAGGCCACACAGCUCGAUGAGUGGACUGAUCACAGUAUGGAAGGGCCUAGUCAGAAUGUUGAAGCUGAGUCAAUUCAGGAUGCCAUGGAUAUUGAAGAGGAUUCUGGUUUCCAUCCAUUGGAACCAAUGCUCUGCAGUGAAACAGAAGAUGGGCAGGUGCCACAUUCUCUGGAGACUCUGUAUCAGUCAGCCGGCUGCUCCAGCAUCAGUGAUGCCUUGAUAGUGCUGGUGCAUCUCCUCAUGCUCGAGUCAGGCUACAUACCACAGGGGACUGAAGCCAAAGCAUCAUCAAUGCCCCACAAGUGGAGGUCAAGUGGAGUAUACAAGCUGCAGUAUGUGCAUCCUCUCUGUGAGGAUGGCUUUGCUGUGCUCACCUGUGUGCCUUUGGGAAACCUAAUCAUUAUAAACGCUACAAUAAAAGUCUGUGGUGGGAUUAAGAAUGUGAAAUCAGUACAGCUGCAGCCAGCAUCCUAUGUUUGUGGAGUGGAACCAGGGGAAAGUGCAGCCAGCGUGUACAAAGAUCUUAAGAAGCUCUCUCGCCUUUUCAAAGACCAGCUAGUAUACCCUCUUCUGGCUUUCACGCGACAAGUCCUGAACCUUCCGGAUGUAUUUGGGCUGAUUGUCCUUCCGUUGGAGCUGAAACUACGCAUCUUCCGACUUUUGGAUGUUCAUUCUGUCCUGGCUUUGUCUGCGGUCUGUCAUGACCUUCUCAUCGCAUCAAAUGACCCACUGCUGUGGAGGUGUUUGUAUCUACGAGAUUUCCGAGAUGGUACUGUCAGAGGUUCAGACACAGAUUGGAAAGAAUUGUAUAGAAAGAGGCACAUACAAAGAAAAGAGGCUCAGAGAAUGCGACAUGCGAUGCUCCUGCCACCAUCAGCCCACUCUAUCCCAUUUUGUCCCAUUCCUGUCUACCCCAGGUGCUAUCUUACCACCUCGCUGCUUCCUCCAGGAAUCAUUGGUGGUGAAUAUGAUGUGAGGCCGAUACUGCCCAGUGUUGGGGACCCAGUCCCCUCACUCAUCCCCAGGCCCGGGGAGACACCUAGCCAGUUUCCUCCACUUAGACCACGUUUUGAUCCUAUUGGCCCACUUCCAGGACCUAACCCCCUCUUGCCAGGAAGAGGUGGCCCCAACAACAGAUUUUCCUUCAGACCCAACAGGGGUGGUAGGUCAACUGAUGGCCGGCUACCAUUCAUGUGAUCAAUUUGGAGACUUUAUGGAAACCACGGAUGCUGUUUCCUCCGAUGCUGAUCUCUGCUGUCAAUUUCUGGUUCUGUAGGCACCAAGCACAAGGUUCCUCAAAGCUGGGCUAGCUUUGGGAACUGCUGGUCUCUGUGCUCUGGAAUCGGCUCUGAGUUAGAGCUUGUGGAACUGAUAAUGUUUUGUGCUAGACUAAUAAAAGUAAAAAUUA